AUGCCCGAGGUGCCUGAGAACAUGCAAGAAAACCUACAGUACAUGGAGCUGGAGGCGAACGGCCCCCGCAGCGCAAACACAAUGGCGUCGCCAGGUCAAGACUACAACCAACCACAGGGAAACUUCCCACCACGGCAAUCGAGCUUCCAGGACGGGGGUGCGCAGGGGAACAGAGAGCAAUGGCCGGCGCGACAUGCAAGCAUCUCUUCUGCCUUUCAAGGGCCGCCCAACGUGCAGCCCCAGAACGAUUUCCAGCAGCCCUCCCACGACUACAACCAGUUCGCGCAGGCUGGCGACGCACCCAACUUCUCACCAUUUCCUCAGCUUCCGAACCGCCCACCGAACGUACCGCCGUCCGACAGUGAGAAGGAGGCAGUCCUCGAGAAUGCGCGCCUGCCCGUACUCAACUCGAACGACCCCGAGAUGCAGCUGGCAUGGGCGCAAGAUGCAUUGGCAUACGUAGACGCUGCGCAGUUGCACGAGCUGCGGAUUGCUGAGACACAAAAAGCCAGGCCGUCGACGCCCCAGAUUGAGCACCAGCUGCGCGCAGAUGCGAUGAACGUGGUUCAGUUCUUAGCAGACCAGCACCACCCAAAGGCUGCGUUCAUGCGAGGCAUGUGGCUUGAAUUUGGCAAAUUUGGCUUGCGCGCAGACAAGAAGGAGGCUUUCAGAUGUUACUCUCGCGCAGCUAGCAAGGGCUAUGCAAGAGCUGAGUACCGGAUGGGAAUGCAGUUCGAGCAGUCGAACGACCCUAUCCGCGCUCUGCAACACUACAAGGCUGGCGCAGACCAAGGCGACUCCGCGUCGAACUACCGCUUGGGCAUGAUGACCUUACUUGGGCAGCACGGGCAGCAACAGGACUUUGCUAGGGGUAUUCAGCUAAUCCGCACUGCUGCAGCUUCAGCGGACGAGAACGCACCUCAGGGCGCGUACGUCUUGGGCAUGCUACAGUCGCGAGAACUCCCUCAGAUCCAGGUCCCGGACGUGUUCUUGCCCUACGACGAGAAAGCUGCAAGGCAGAAUAUCGAAAAAGCGGCGUAUCUUGGUUUUGCGAAGGCUCAACUCAAGAUGGGAUCUGCGUACGAGCUGUGCAGCUUGGGCUGCGAGUUCAAUCCUACCUUGUCGUUGCACUACAACGCGUUGGCUUCACGCCAAGGCGAGCCGGAGGCGGAUAUGGCUAUAAGCAAAUGGUUCCUUUGCGGUCAUGAGGGCGAAUUCUUGAAGAAUGAAGAACUGGCAUACAUUUACGCGCAGCGCGCCGCAGCCACCGGGCUUGCUACCGCCGAAUUUGCGAUGGGUUACUUCAACGAGAUCGGCAUGCACGUACCUGUAGACCUGCAAAAAGCCAUGGAGUGGUACGAAAAUGCUGAGCGAAAUGGCAACAAGGAUGCAGUUGCACGGAUAGAGAGUCUGUCCAUAUCACGGACGCUUUCGAAGAAGGAUCACGAGAAUGUUGCGAUCAACAGGAUCAAGUCUCAACACGGCUCCAUGCGUGGGAAACGACCAGCAAGGUUGCAGAAACCUGCAGCGCCUGCUCUGCCUUCUAUCAACGACAACAGUCCAUCAGACUACGGAAACAAUAGGGGCGACUCCACGACCCCAUACCCAGUCUCCGAUCAGCCUCCAGUCAUCAAUGUGCAGCCCAAUGCAGCACCGUACGGGCGUUCUUCCACUGCUGCGCCCUACCCUAUGGACAAUGGUCCACCGAGAGUUGGAUCUGCACGUCCGAUGGCAGGUGGAUUUGCGCCAGAGGUCCGAGCCUCCAGCGCUCGUCCAACAUCUUCGGGCAACGCAUUCAAUAUCAACCCUAACAUCUACCCCGCUAACGAUGGUUUCGGGCGCGGCCGACCUCCACUUGGACCAGAGUCGCACACAAGCCCUCUUCCUCUGCGGCCUCAUACAAGUGUAAACGAGAUCGGUUCAGGCGGCCGAGGCAUGCGCCCUCCUCCAGGCGGUGGCCGUGGUGGAUUGCCAAGUGGAGGACCUGGAGGUUACAGACAACCGGGCGGCCCAAGCGCACAACGUCCAGAGAUAGACCGCCCUCAGACAGCUCAGCCCGCCGAUAUUGGCUACAGCGCACCAGAUGCACGGAACAAGCUUCAAAAGCCUGGGCAAGGUAUGAAGAAAGCGCCCACAAUUCCAGACAUUGGCUACGUUGCUCCGCUAGAGCCACGACAGCAUACAAGACCUUCUACCGUACAGCCAGGCCAAGAGAGCAGGACAACCUCCAUGCGUCCCGAUAGACCCUCGACUGCCACACCAGGACAAGGGUCACGCCCGUCUUCAAGACCAGGUUCAGCUGGCCGACCUUCUGGUCAGGAUGCCAUGCCUAAGCCACAAAGGGCACCCACACAACAGCAGAGACCGCCUCCACAAGCUGCGCCUGCGUCUGCUCCUGCGCAGGUCAACAAACCUCCAGCUGCAGCGCCUGCAGCCAAGCCUGCGCCAGUCGCUUCACCACCUGGUAAGGGACCGAAGACGUUUGAUGAGAUGGGCAUUGGGCAGGCGGCCCAAGAUAAGGAUUGUGUGGUCAUGUAG